UUGACUUUUUUAAUUUUUAAUUUUAAUGCAACCGUAAGAGACAGCCGGUGCGCACGCGCCGUGUGGAGUCUACGUCAUUUACAGAUUCCAGCCAGUGCGCGUUCCCGACUGUCCUCGUGCUCACACCUGUUCAUAAACAUGUGCAAGGAACACGGAUGAAGCUGUACUUGUGCACAGUUUUACAGACUCUGUCAUUAGACAUGAGCAACCACAAGCCCAAAGCAGAGAGCCGGAGUGAUGAAGCUGAGGCCCCGGAUGGAGGCUGGGGCUGGGUGCUGGUUGCUGCCCUGUUCGUCAGCACGAGCCUCGUGUUUGGCCUGAUGCGUAGUUUGGGGAUCUUCUUUGUGGAGUUUGUCCAGUACUUUGAGGAGAGCGCUCAGGCCAUCUCCUGGAUUUCUUCAACAGGCCUGGCAGCACAGCAGUUCUUUAGUCCUCUAGGUGCAGCGCUGUGUAAUGCAUAUGAUGCCCGGGUGGUGGUGAUGGCGGGAGGGCUUCUCGCUGGACUCGGCCUCAUACUUGCAUCGCAGGCGACCUGCCUUGUUCAUCUCUACCUCACAAUGGGUGUCAUAUCAGGUUUGGGUUGGGGGCUGGUCUUCACUCCCAUGGUGGCCACAGUCAUGGCUAACUUCACGCGGCGCCGCACCCUGGCGUUGGGUCUGGCAUUCUCCAGCGUCGGCCUUUCCUCCUUCGCUUUCAACCCGCUUUUCCAGUUUCUGGUGGAGAUGUACGCCUGGCGAGGGGCCCUGCUGAUUCUGGGGGGCCUCAGCCUUAACAUUGUGCCUUGCGGGGCUCUCAUCCGUCCCCAGCGAUGCUCUAAAGCCCCAGAAAAGGUGGAUUCAGAGGGUGGCUCUUCGUGUGCUGUGAUGCUGCGUCGAGUCUCCUCCUACCUGGAGCUGCCGCUGCUCUUUGAGAGGCCUUAUCUCACCUACGCCUCGGCCAUCACUCUUCUUAACGUCGGCUACUUUGUUCCGUAUUUCCACCUGGUGGCCCACAGCCGCCAAGUCGGCUUCUCAGAGUACCAAGCGGCUUUCGUCAUGUCGGCCGCCGGAGCCACAGACAUUUUGGGCCGCGUGGUGUCAGGCUGGUUCUCUGACCUGGGGCACUUUCGGCUGAUCCAUUUACUGAGCUUAUGGACGACGCUGGCGGGAGUGUUCAUCAUGCUGCUGCCUGUAAGCUCCUUGUCUGCCUCUUAUACUGCACUGAUGGUGAUCAGCCUCCUCUACGGCUUCUGCUCCGGGGCUUUGACCUCUUUGGCCUUUGCGGUGGUGCCCCUGAUAGUGGGUGUGGAGCGCAUGAUGGGGGCACUCGGGCUGCUGCAGCUCAUCGAGAGCAUUGGAGGACUGCUGGGGACACCUCUGUCAGGGUUGCUCAAGGACGUCACAGGCAACUACAUCUCCUCUUUCGUGAUAGCCGGCAGUUUCCUCAUCCUUAGUACUUUGACCAUGGCCACUCUACCCCACUACUUCUCUUGCACAGAUCCACCGCCACCUCAAAGACAUUCCCCUAAUGACAAAGAUAAGAGUUUACAUUCAGAGUUGGAACAGAUCAAUAGUUUGUCUAAUGACAUGAGUGAUGGAGGAGCUCAAUGAUCUAUUUGGAUUAGCCUCAAGACUGUGUAAGUCAAGGGUUCAAGAGCUUCUUCAAACUUACCAGUGUAAUGGUGGCACCUACUUGAAGACACUUUCAAUAAGUUGUUUCACAUAUUGCAGUAGAAGUUAAAUGCCUGGGGCUCCACACCGGUCAGUCAGGACUGAAGAAGCCUACUGGAUAAAACACAUUCAGGUAUCUACAGCCAAGUCCAGCUGGCCUCCAUUCAACUGCUGUUGGGGGACAUUUAGCCCAUAGUGUGAAGAGCUGUGGGACAGUUAGACCUCAGUGCUUCACUGAGGCCUGCUGUUUGCUGCUGCCUGGUCUGUUAUUUCUCAAGUGCAUUUUCUAAUGACACGUGAUAGUACAUAAGCACUUUGUACCGUUGUAAACCAUAAACCGAGCCUGCCUUUGUAAACCAGAGAUGUUUGGCUUUGAAAACAGCUGAAUGAACGCCAGUUUUCACAGGCAGGACGUGACCUGGUCACCGUGACCUGCUGGUUACAGGCAUUUGGCGUUUGACCAAGUGUGAUACUUCAUCCUGCUGGCAGCUACUGAACAUUGGAGCUUCAGUAAUUGAUGAGAAUUGGAAAAUGUUCAUUUUAACCAGAAACAUUUUUCCUGGCAGUGAUUGGAAGCUGUGAACCUCUAGUCUUACACGUCUCUGUUACACGUUAAACUGUGAACUAUUUUGUACUCAGUUUCGAUUAAAAAGCACCAUAUUUUUAUUUUAAAGUGUAUUUACUUUUAGUAAUGUUUGUGUCACAGGUCUUCUGUGGCAACAUCACUGAUAACCAGCAACUUUCAGAAGCUUCAUCACAAAAUGUAGUGAUGGCUCCCUCUGCUGGGGAUUUGUACACCUGACAUUGAAACAUACUCCUGUGUGUCACUGAAAACAUGAACCUAGACCUGUAAUUAUUUCCUGAUUCCAAAUGUAAAGAUUAACAUUUAAACACACUUAAAAGUC